GCAACUUCUCCCGCGAAACACCGACGAUAGCGACCGAAAUGGCGAGCAGCUCCAGGGCCUCCCCGUCGGCGUCCCCGGUCCUCUGCGCCUCCUUCAACCAGGACAACAGCUGGUUUUCUGUUGGAACAAAAGAUGGGUUCAAGCUUUUUGAUGCACGGACUGGUAGAUUGUGCUUUGAAAGAGGUGAUUUUUUUUAAAAGUCGAGGAAGACAAGCUUUGAGGUUCUUGAUUGAUGCUGUACGACAUCAGCAGUUGAUUCAAUACAUUUCCUUCUCGCUGAUGGCUGUUGGUGCAUUCAACAUUGUUGAGAUGCUUUUUAGCACAAAUCUUCUUGCUAUAGUUGGGGCAGGGGAGCAGCCAUCACUAUCUCCUCGGAAACUUUGUCUUUUCAAUACUCUGACUGGAUCUGCACUCAGAGAGUUAAAUUUCUUGACAUCAAUCGUAGCUGUCCGUCUUAACAGAAAAAGGCUUAUCGUCGUCUUGCGAGAUAAAACGUAUAUUUAUGACUUGAACAGCCUUGUUAUUCUGGAGACAAUUGAUACCGUGCCAAACAACAAAGGGCUCUGUGCAUUUUCUCCUGGAUCGGAAAGUUGCUAUUUGGCUCUUCCAGCAAGUACAACUAAAGGAUCUGUUUUAAUUUACAACACAGUUGCACUCCAAUCAGUCUGUCAGAUUGAUGCCCAUAGAUCACCAUUAGUUGCAAUGAUAUUCUCUUCUAGCGGCACAUAUCUGGCAACAGCUUCUCAGCAAGGAACAAUUAUCAGAGUGCACCUAGUUUCACAAGCCACUGAGUCAUAUAGUUUCCGGAGAGGAACAUAUCCAUCAACAAUCUAUUCCCUAUCAUUUGGACCAUGUGCUGAUGUACCAGAAGUUCUUGUUGCCACAAGCUCAUCAGGCUCUUUGCAUGCCUUCUUGUUGGGACCUGCAAUAAAGCAAAGAAGAAAACCAAACAGAGUAAUUGGUUCUUUGAUCCCUGACACAUUGAGUGAUGCCUUUGACCAUGCUUAUCAUCACAUUCUUCACAAUGUUGUCCCUGCCUGUGUCAAAAGCCAUGUUAGGAUCCACAGCAUUGACAAUAUUUCAAGUGCUCCUGGAGUUUCUGGUUUUCGGGCAUCCAUUUUCAUCAUCACUCGCAAUGGCUACUUCAGGGAGUACAGCUUAAAUGUCACCAAGUCGAACGAGUGCUCGUGGAGCUUGGAGCGUGAAGUCAAUCUAUUAGAUACCGUCUCCAAUGAUCCAAAUUAAUCCUGUGCUGUGCUCGUUCUUGGUCCUACCACUGCUGACGCAUGGAAAGAGGAUGUCGGACUGCAACUCGAAGGAGUCUAUGCACACUUGUGAAGCAAACAAAACGCGACAGGUGAUUGCACAAAGAUUGAUAGACGGAAAUGGGUUUUCAUGGACCGGAGAGCUUGUUGCUUGUGCAAAGAUUAGCGUGUGAAUCCUCUUACUCCUCACUGUAGUGUACAUAGCAGGCUGCGGAUACAACAACCAUCCGCGUGAUUCAUUUUAUCACCAUGUUUCUCGAAUGCACAGGGGCUGGGAAAAGAUCCGAGGAGAUGCCUGUCUUCCUGUAUUGACAUGUUUUAUUGCUCGAUUUGGUUGAUGAUGGUCUGCUGCAUUCCA